GCGUGCGCAUUCUUCCUGGGGAGGCUGCGAGGCAGAAGGGACCAUGAGGCUGUCCGUCCUCCUUGCCGCGGCGGAGAAAUUCAAGCCGCACCCCGGCUACCGCUAUGGCAUGAACCGGCCCGGCUCGGUCGCCGACAAGGCCAAGAACCCUCCGUGGGUCUGGCGGAAGAGGAUCCCCGUGGAGCCCAUCAAAGACGAGGACUGGAAGUUCUUCAAGGGCGACACGGUCCAGAUCCUGAAGGGGAAGGACUUGGGCAAGCAAGGGAUGGUCUCCCAGGUGAUCCGAGAGCGGAACUGGGUCGUCCUGGAGGGCCUGAACGUGCACUACCGAUACACGGGCAAGUCCGGCCCCUACCGUGGGAUGUACAUGGCCAGUGAGGGUCCGCUGCUGGUGAACUGGGUGUCCCUGGUCGACCCCACCGACAGGCAGCCCACCGAGGUGGAAUGGCGCUACACGGAGGAAGGAGAGAGGGUGCGCGUCUCUCUCCGGACCGGCAGGAUCAUCCCAAAGCCCUUGGAGCAGCGGGACGACGGCAUCAUCCCAGAACAAUGGACAGACUGCCCCAAGGACACGUCGGUGGAGGAUGCCCUGGAGAAGACCUACGUCCCUUCCUUGAAGACGUUCCAGGAGGAGAUCAUGGAGAUGAUGGCCAUCGUGGAGACGCGCCGCUUCAGAAAGUCCUACUGGUAUUGAGGCCUUUCGUCCCGCGGAUCUGUGCCCGGCUGCCUGGACCCCAAGAGACUCUCAGCUUUGAGGGGAGACCGAGGAGGAGGCUGAGAUGGGGGCUGUUGCCUCCUGAUAAAGGACUCCCUAAACGGCAA